GAAGCAGAUUCAAGUGACCAGCUGGGAAACAGUGUCCAUCAACCCACCAAAAUGACAACCCAAUCAUCCUCGAGUUCCAACCAAGAAAUCAUUACAGAUCGAAUCGUCAUCCCUCUGGCUACGGACGAACGGUGCUGGUUUAAGUGCAGACAAUCAAAUGCAGGAAGGCUACGUGGUCAGGAGCCGAUGUGUUCGCUAUUUUGUUACUACUCGAAUCAGCUGCCCUCACUCAUAACCGACCCGGCGACCGCCCUCAAGAAAGCGCGAACAUCGACCUCCUCAACAUCCAUUGUCCCCUCGAAUCACCAAGAUAAAAAUCAUGUUUUUUCAGACAAGAAAGAGGAACCAGAAGAUCGGUGGGAUGAACUGAUCCGGAAAUACACGUUCAGCUAUUUCGAAGGCAAAUAUUUUUACUUUGCCACCGGUAAACCAGCGGUCAUCCGUCAUCUAGCUUCCAUGCGUCAAUUGGGCUCCGUCGAGCAUGACUGGCUCGUGCAGAAAUUUAAGGAAGAGGACGAAGCUAUCCACGAAAAAUCAAAACCUGCUGGUAAACAGAUCCCUGACAAAUCUCACCGUGGGUUAGUCGUGUUGGCUUAUCAUAAGGAUUACGAAAGUGUGAUCAACAUAGCACAUUCGAUUGCAAGUGGAUUAGCAAGUGUACAUGCCCAUUUCGAGAAGAUAUAUGGGCCGAGUUACAAGAUCCUAUCGAAGCUCCCGGGGUCGAUGCGACAACUGAUGGACCCAGAGGAGUCGAAAGUGCCCAGCCAAUUUACGAUGAUCCACGGCCUCUUCACACAACCCUUGCUCUCAAACUCCGCCACCCUGCUCAACCGCUCCUUCGAAAGUUUGUCCGAAGUCCUCGGCAGAUUGGCUACUAAAUAUGCCUCUCGCUUCGAUGAUGAUAAAAAGGACAACUCGAAUGGUCGGUUCGGCGGUAGACCUGGCCCCCCUCCCUCCCCUCCUUCUGCUUAACUUUCUCUGGCUUUGAUCGUUGGCUUGGAAUUUUUUUUCUUCCUGUCCCAUCUAAUGUAAACUAUCCCUUUAGUGUCAUGUAGACAAAAAUAAUAUUCUAAAAGCAACCACAUAAAUAAAUAUUGACAUCUAUCCGAUCUGAAUUCCAUAAACCCAA